AUGACCGAAGUUGUUGUCUCUCACACCGCAUCUAUCCAAAAGUUAGAGAUGCAAAUGAGAGACCUUUCAAGAGAGCAAAAACCAAAGCAAAAAUGGCAACUUCCUAGUGAUACCAUUGCGAACUCGAAGAGUGGUGGAAGUGGCUCAACUUCUCACGUCAUGGCAAUAACUACUAGAAGUGGGAAAGUUUUACAAGAGAAGGUGCAAGAAGUGAACCAAGAAGAGGUGAAGGAAAAGGAGAAGGAGACAUCAAAAUCUCCACCUCCUAUUCCUAGACCUCCUCCGCCUUUCCCUCAAAGACUUAUUAGAAGGGUUGAUGAUAGCAAGCUUGAGAAAUUCUAUGAUAUUCUAAAGCAAUUAUCGGUGAACAUUCCAUUCUUGGAGGCUUUUCAAGAAAUGCCGGGGUUUGCCAAAUAUUUGAAGGAUUUUAUCACCAAAAAGAGGACCACAAAGAAUGAGGUGGUAAACAUGACUCACCAGGUUAGCACUAUUAUUGCCACAAGCCCUGUCCAAAAGAAAGAGGACCCGGGAGCAUUUACUAUUCCAUGCAUUAUCGGGGAGCGUGACUUUGCAAAAGCCCUUUGUGACAAUGGGGCUAGCAUCAAAUUGAUGCCACUUUCCAUCUACAAGAAAGCAAGAUUAGGGAAGCCGAGGCCAACAAGCAUGAGGUUACAAAUGGCCGAUUGA